AUGGCCAGUCUGGCAGCCCCUCCAUCUGUGCCGCGGGCGCUCUGUGCCCACACCGUGCCCAGCAACCCAACAAAGGCUUCUGAAACUGCGAGGCCGCUUGGAGGCCAGGCCGUGCCACUACUGGGGGUGUGCGCCUGUGCCGUAUCUCGCACACAGCGGCAAGUGCAACGAAGUUGGCAUCGGAAUACUGGCAAAGUCGUCCGUGCGGCGUCUGAGCCAAAAGCUGACGAGUUGAGGGAGCUUUGGCAGAAAGCCUACCAGCUCGAAUACGAGCGCAGCGAGGGGCUGAAGAGCUCAGACUCUCCGGCGCUGCCGGCGGCCCCAGAGGAAAACGCCACAGCCGAAGAGUGGCAAGCGGCGUACGAAGCACUGAAGGCGGCGAAUGCCGAUCUGGAACGAGCGAAGCGUGAGCUGCUGGCGGCGCAAGAAGCAAACGAAGACUCAAGUGAAAGCGCAGAGGCAGACGGUCCGAAAGUGCCAGAUCCCGUGCCGACGAGAGUCGCCCCACAGGCUUCCCAAAGGCUCGGAAGCCUCGCUCCCGACGCGGAGGCGCCGGAGGAGUCGGGGAAGGUCCUCAGCAUCUUCGACCUGGCAGCGGUUGACGUCGACUCCCAGCAGCUCGCCGACGUCACGCGCUUCCGGGAUGCUUUGGGGCCUGGCACACUGCCGCUUCUGAAGACACUUUUUGACAAGGAGUCUGCAGAGGUCCUCGAAGUGGGCGAGCUGCGAGAAGCCUUGCAGAUGGCGGGCAGUGGCUUCACCGUCACUUCGAAUCUUAGCCUGGGGCGCUGCCUGGUCCUGCGGGGACUUCUCGCGCGGGAUGUCGGCGGACGAGGGACGUUGCAACAAUUCCUGGAGGACCGGCAGGCAGCAUUGGACGAGCGGUAUGGGUCAGGCAACCUCACGGUCUUCCUGCAGAGAGAGCGCCCUCCACCUGCUCCGGGCCUGAGCCUGUGGCCCAAAGGUCAGUUCGAUCCUGUGAAGGUCUGGAGCCCUUCUGACAAGGAACUGCCGGCGGCGCUUCUCGUGUUUCGCACAUCGGACUUGCCCAUACCAUCCGGCAAGGACAGCUUCAGGCGAUUUGCAGUCGGCGCCUCUUUCGUGGCCACCCUGGUCUUCUGCAACAUCAUCUCAGCUGCUGUAGGCUUCUUAGAAGGCCAGGGCAGCGACAUCCUUGUGGGCCGCUCUGUAGAAGAGGUGACCUACAGUCCGCUCCUCGGGGUGGCGGUCACCCGCUUGGAUCCGGAUGGUGUUGGGCCAGUGGGCUUGGGCCUUGUUCUCAUGCUCUUCGCCCAAGGGUUAGGGCGUGGCCUGGUGGCAGAUCAAUUUGGCGUUGAGGUCCAGGGCGGCUACUUCAUCCCAUCGUCGGCCCUUGGCACUGUCGGGCGCACCUGGACGAUCAAGGGGUUGGCUCCUUCGCGUAAGGUCCAAAUCCAGGUCGCGUUGGGCGGAAUUUACGCCGGCUUCGCCGCAGCCUUGCUGCUCUGCCUGGUGGGCAUUCUCAUGGGCGAUGCCUCCGAUGGCCUGCUGAAGGUGGACGUGACCCGCCUACCGUUGCUGCUGGCACAGUUAUUGGGCGAUUCUUUCCCAGCAG